CAACUCGGUUUCUCCCGGCAACAGGGGUUUCCCCAACCACAGCUGUCAUGAAAACCAGGUUGGGCCUUUGUCCUGGGGAUGGAGGGCAGUCAGCACUUGGGGCCCAGCUUGGGGCUGCCCUGGAGAUGACCAUGGAAGUUGGGCUGGCCUCCUCUGAUCGGAAGGAGGGAGUUCACGGUUCUCAGAGCUGCCAGAAAUGCCCACAUCCCAGGAUGCUGUGAACAUGUAUGCAUGCAUGUGCUGUGCGGAUCCUCAUCUGAGAGGAGGGAGAUGAAAACACACCCAUCUCACAGGCUGCUGUGAGGACUAAGGGGGCGGCAGUGCCCGCUAUGUGGGAGCCGGUGCCGGCAGCCACCAUGGCGUCACGCAUAGGGCUGCGCAUGCAGCUCAUGCGGGAGCAGGCACAGCAGGAGGAGCAGCGGGAGCGCAUGCAGCAGCAGGCAGUCAUGCAUUACAUGCAGCAGCAGCAGCAGCAGCAGCUCGGGGGGCCGCCCACCCCGGCCAUCAACACCCCUGUCCACUUCCAGUCACCACCACCUGUGCCUGGGGAGGUGUUGAAGGUGCAGUCCUACCUGGAGAAUCCCACAUCCUACCAUCUGCAGCAGUCGCAGCAUCAGAAAGUGCGGGAGUACCUGUCCGAGACCUAUGGGAACAAGUUUGCCGCCCAUAUCAGCCCGGCCCAGGGCUCUCCGAAGCCACCACCAGCUGCCUCCCCAGGGGUGCGAGCUGGACACGUGCUGUCCUCCUCUGCUGGCAACAGUGCUCCCAACAGCCCCAUGGCCAUGCUGCACAUCGGCUCCAACCCCGAGAGGGAGUUUGAUGAUGUCAUUGACAACAUUAUGCGUCUGGAUGAUGUCCUGGGCUACAUCAAUCCUGAAAUGCAGAUGCCCAACACGCUACCCCUGUCCAGCAGCCACCUGAAUGUGUACAGCAGCGACCCCCAGGUCACAGCCUCCCUGGUGGGCGUCACCAGCAGCUCCUGCCCUGCAGACCUGACCCAGAAGCGAGAGCUCACAGAUGCUGAGAGCAGGGCCCUGGCCAAGGAGCGGCAGAAGAAAGACAAUCACAACUUAAUUGAAAGGAGACGAAGGUUCAACAUCAACGACCGCAUCAAGGAGUUGGGAAUGCUGAUCCCCAAGGCUAAUGACCUGGAUGUGCGCUGGAACAAGGGCACCAUCCUCAAGGCUUCUGUGGAUUACAUCCGGAGGAUGCAGAAGGACCUGCAGAAGUCCAGGGAGCUGGAGAACCACUCUCGCCGCCUGGAGAUGACCAACAAGCAGCUCUGGCUCCGUAUCCAGGAGCUGGAGAUGCAGGCUCGAGUGCACGGCCUCCCUACCACUUCCCCAUCCGGCAUGAACAUGGCGGAGCUGGCCCAGCAGGUGGUGAAGCAGGAGCUGCCUAGUGAAGAGGGCCCAGGGGAGGCCCUGAUGCUGGGGGCUGAGGUCCCUGACCCUGAGCCGCUGCCAGCUCUGCCCCCACAAGCCCCACUGCCCCUGCCCACCCAGCCGCCAUCCCCAUUCCAUCACCUGGACUUCAGCCACAGCCUGAGCUUUGGGGGCAGGGAGGACGAGGGUCCCCCAGGAUACCCCGAACCCCUGGCCCCGGAGCAUGGCUCCCCAUUCCCCGGCCUGUCCAAGAAGGAUCUGGACCUCAUGCUCCUGGACGACUCACUGCUACCGCUGGCCUCUGAUCCACUCCUGUCCACCAUGUCCCCUGAGGCCUCCAAGGCCAGCAGCCGCCGGAGCAGCUUCAGCAUGGAGGAGGGCGAUGUGCUGUGACCCUGGCUGCCCCUGUGCUAGGGAACAGGGGCUGGCCUGGGGGCUGGGAGGGCCCGGGGCAUCUCCCUCCCACCCUUCAGGCUGCACUUGUGUGUGAAGUAGCCACCUGCCCUGCCUCCCUCCUCCCCGUUGGCCCCCGUUUGGACUUAGUGCCUGUCUGGCAGCCUGUGGGGUCAGGAGAAGCAUCCCUGGGCAGCCCUCUUGACUGGCAGGGUGGGAAGAGGCCAUCAGCUCCUCUCCCAGAGAUGGAAUCUGGGGGUUGGGAGGGGGCAGGGUGUUCUAGAGGUGAGAAGAGGGCCUGGUGGAGACGCCCUGUCUUCUGAGACUGACCCCCUCAUUACCGGUGAAGGACAUGCUGGGGGGCUUCGGGAAGCUCCUCGUCUGAGGCGACUGCUCCUGGGGGUGCCCAGGCCUGCCUUUCUGGGACUCAGAUGGCAGCCAGCCCGCCCCGGAGCCUGGUCCUCAGGCCCUCCCACAGGUGGGCACCCCCCCUUUGGUGCUAACAGCUCUCCACCAGGUGGUUCGAGCGCGGGGGCUGCCGGAAGCGGGAGGGGUCACUGCCGGAAGAGCAGCUGCCUUCCGAUCCCCCACUUUGUGCCUUUAGUAAACACUGUGCUUUGUA